AUGCGUUUCCUGUCUAUCCUGACAGCGCUGACCAGCCUUCUGAGCCUGCGGGCUGAAGCAGCUGAUAGUGUCGACUACUCGCAGUAUGUCAAUGCCCUCAUGGGAUCCGAGGGGCCAACGCCAGGCCAGGGUUUCGGUGGAGGAGACAUCUUUGUAGGUGGUGCGCGCCCAUUUGGGGUCGUUAAGUUUGGUCUCGACAGUACCGCUGCAAAUUGGAGCAUUGCCGUGCUCAACGGUGGAUGGACGCCAGAUGGCAAUGUCACGGCCUUCACAAUGAUGCACGAGAGUGGCACCGGAGGAGAGCCCAAGUAUGGCAUAAUUCCUCAAAUGCCGUUGACGUCGGUUGAUGCACCAGUGAAUAUUCUCGACAAUCAGACAUACUCUCAGCCUAGAAUUGGAAAUGAUACUGCUGGGGUCGGAUAUUUUAAGACGAGCUUGCAAAGCGGUGUUGUUGCUGAGCUUUCGGCAUCUCGACAUGCUGGUAUCAUCACCUAUUCGUUUCCAAAAGGACAAAAACAUGUCCUAGUGGAUGUUUCCCAUGUAAUAUCUCCCUGGAUCUCCGGGGAUACAAAUCCCCAAUUCUACGUUGGAGGUGAAAUUGAGAUUAACGAUGACGGAAAGUCAUACCAAGGUUAUGGAACAUACAUUGGCGGAUGGAAUAAUGGUGCCGCGUAUACAGUGUACUUCUAUGGAGAAUUCUCCCAAAACACUAAAUCUGCCCAAACGUUCACAGGAAUCAACACAGACCCUAUGCCACGGUAUCAGACUUUAGCCAAUGGAGGUAUCCCCGAUCCUAUAUACGGUAAUAAAACCACCAAGGCAACCUCUGGACCUAUGAAUUUGCGCGUUGGGGCUCUAUUUAGUUGGGAUGACGGUGCAGCUGCUCAGGUUACAUCUAGAAUCGGAAUCUCAUUCAUGUCUGUCCAGAAAGCCAAAGGCUACAUUGCUUCGGAAAUCCCGUCGUGGAGCCUGAACGAUUCUGUUGCUGAGUCUGUGAAGGAAUGGAAUCAAGACGUCUUCAGCAAGAUCCAAGUUCCAGUGGACAAGUCAGCUAAUGUGACUAACCUAAGACUUCUAUACAGCUCGCUGUACUUUAUGCAUCUCAUGCCGUCAGAUCGGACUGGAGAGAAUCCUUUGUGGGAGUCAUCAGAGCCAUUCUGGGAUGAUUUUUAUACGAUGUGGGAUAUUUUCCGCUGCACAGUUAGUUUCUACCAUGUCUUGCAGCCAGCAUAUUAUGAGUCUAUGAUCCGUGGUCUUGUUGAUAUUUACAAACACCAAGGAUUUAUGCCUGAUGGAAGAUCAGGAAACUGGAAUGGCUUGGUACAAGGAGGAUCAGAUGCAGACAAUGUCCUUGCAGAUGCUUAUGUGAAGGGGCUGCGUGGUGCCAUCAACUGGACAGAAGCAUAUGCAGCCAUGGUCAAAGAUGCCGAAGUCAUGCCUUACAACACAUACGAUCCCACAGAUUACACAGCAAGCACGAAGGAAGGUAGGGGUGCGCUGAAUGACUGGCUUGAGCUCGGAUAUGUGUCUGUGGAUCGGAACACUCGAUGCAUCUCACGAACGGUGGAAUACAGUCUCAACGAUUUCUCAUUGAGUCAAGUGGCAGCCGGUAUCCAACCUGACGAUAAGCAGAAGUAUUUGAACCGAUCUGCCGGCUGGCAGCUUAUCUGGGAUCAUGACUUGACGAGUUUAAAUUUUACCGGGUUCCUGGCACCAAAGUAUUCAAAUGGCUCGUUCAACCAUAGCGACUAUGAUCCUUUGUACUGUGGUGAGUGCGAGUGGAGCUCAAUCACAUACGAGGCCGUUCCUUGGGAAUAUUCUUUCGUUAUUCCACACGAUAUGGAGACGUUGAUCGAGUUUAUGGGCGGUAAUUCCACCUUUGAAUCUCGAUUAGACAUCAUGUUUGAACCCGGCGUUGCCAAGCAGAACCUUGGGGCCAACGGAGCAGGCAUUACAACACUCAUGAAUAUAGGAAACGAGCCCGACUUCAUGACCCCUUACUUGUAUCACUACAUAAACAAGCAAGCGAAAUCGGUGCAGCAAACACGAAAUCUUAGUAACACAUACUACAAAGACGCCGCAUACGGAAUCCCCGGCAACAGUGAUGCCGGCGCCAUGAACUCCUGGCUCCUCUGGCAGCUCUGUGGCCUGUACCCCGUGGUCACCCAACCAGUCUACCUGAUCGGUUCGCCGUGGUUUCCCGAAAUCAAUAUGACGGUGAACGGUAACAAGACUCUGCAUAUCACAGCCACUGGACUCGACGAGGGUUACUAUGUGCAGAGCGUGAAGGUAAAUGGGAAACAGUGGGAUAAGAACUGGCUGAGCCACGAGGAUAUUUUUGUCAAUGGUGGUAGCAUUGAAUUUGAGUUGGGACACGAUAUGAGGAACUGGGAGACUGGCUAUGUGCCGCCUUCGCCUGGUCAUUACAAAUUAUAG